GAAAAGCCGGAAGAGCUCGCACGCGCGGCUUUCUGAGGGUAGAGGCGCGCUCGCGGCAGUCCUAGGGGCGAGGCCGCCUCAGCCAAAAGAGGACGGGCCUGUUCCACAGGAUAGCCGAGGCAGAGUGGGCGGGGCAAGGUUUUGUGCAGACAAAGACUGGCCGUGCGGAAGAGGAGAAUCAAAUGAAUCCUGGACCCGCUUUACACAACAUCUAGAGGCUAGAACCCAGAGCGCUAGAUUCUGAGGGGGCGUGGCCACUGUGGGCGGGAUCUUUGCGCUGGAAGGUCGGGUUCUGAGUGGACCGAGCCACGAUGGGCCGGGGACUGCUGUCCGAAUGGUAUCCUGCUCCUGUGUGCCUGGGAGCAUGAAGCACCGAACCCUUACCUCCAGCCCAGCCCUCUGGGCGUCAAUCCCCUGUCCACGUUCAGAGCUGCGUCUGGACCUCGUUUUAGCUUCUGGACAGUCCUUCCGGUGGCGGGAGCAAAGCCCUGCACACUGGAGUGGCGUUCUGGCAGACCAAGUGUGGACACUGACUCAGACUGAGGAGCAGCUCCACUGCACUGUGUACAGAGGUGACAAGGGCCAGGUUGGCAGGCCAGCCCUAGAGGAGCUUGAGACCUUACGCAAGUACUUUCAGCUGGAUGUCAGCCUGGCUCAGCUGUAUAGCCAUUGGGCUUCUGUGGACUCCCACUUCCAAAAAGUGGCUCAGAAAUUCCAAGGUGUGCGACUGCUUCGACAAGAUCCCACUGAAUGCCUUUUCUCCUUCAUUUGUUCCUCCAACAAUAACAUUGCUCGAAUUACCGGCAUGGUGGAACGACUAUGCCAGGCCUUCGGACCACGGCUCAUCCAGCUUGAUGAUACCACUUACCAUGGCUUCCCCAGCCUGCAGGCCCUGGCUGGGCCAGAAGUAGAGGCUCAUCUCAGGAAGCUAGGCCUGGGGUACCGUGCCCGAUAUGUGUGUGCCAGUGCCCGAGCCAUCAUGGAAGAACAAGGUGGGCUGGCUUGGCUGCAGCAGCUUCGAGAGACCCCUUAUGAGGAGGCCCACAAGGCCCUCUGCACCUUGCCUGGAGUGGGCACCAAGGUGGCUGACUGCAUCUGCCUAAUGGCCCUAGACAAACCUCAGGCUGUGCCCGUGGAUGUCCAUGUGUGGCAGAUCGCCCAACGUGACUACAACUGGCACCCUACCACAUCCCAGGCCAAGAGCCCAAGCCCCCUGGCCAACAAGGAACUGGGAAACUUUUUCCGGAAUCUGUGGGGACCUUAUGCUGGUUGGGCGCAAGCAGUGCUGUUCAGUGCUGACCUACAGCAACCAUACCGGGAUCAGGAGCCACCAGCAAAGCGCAAAAAGGGCUCUAAAAGGCCAGAAGGCUAGGGUCUCAUGCAGCCCAGCUAGCCUCUAAUUUGGUAUACAGCUGAGGAUGACUUUGAUCUUUGGAUCCUCCUGCCUACACCUUCUGAGUGCUAGGAUUACAAGUAUACACUGGUUUUAUGUGAUACUGAUGAUCCAACCCAGGGUUUCUUGCUAGAUAAACAGUCUACCAACUGAGCUGCAUCCCCAGCCUGUUUUGUUUUGGUUUUUUAGUUGUUGUUUUUUUUGUUUGUU